UGUAAUAAAAAACCAGAGUAAUAAAGUAUUAUCAAUUAACUCAUGGUUCCAUAAUGUAAAUAUUGGUGAUCAUCAUGUACCUAUUAAAUUUAGACACUGGUGCAGAUGUAAAUGUACUGUCACGUAAAAUGUUGAGUAAAUUUGGCGUUCCAGAGUCUCAGCUUCGAGAUACAAAAAUAAUUUUAGAGGCAUUCGGUGGUAGUGUAGUGAAGCCUGUAGGAGUAGUUUCGCUGAAAGUGGAGUGUAAAAAUGUUGAAUUUAGUGCUGAUAAAGCUGUUCAUCCUUCACUGGGACUUGAAUCUUGUGCAAAAUUAAAUCUCGUUACUCUACACAAGGAAAAUAUAGAUUAUCUGAGUCUUGGUAAGUUUAAAGAUAAAGGUGAAAUUCAAGUAAAUAAUGAGGCUAUACUUCUUAUUAAUUAA